CUGCUCCGUGAAGAUGUUGGAUCCGCUAGCCGUCCGUGGGGAGACCCCGGUGCCCGAGGAAGAGGAGGCAGCCUCCGGGGAGAAGGAGAAACCAGUGUGGGAGAGCGAGAGAUUAUCACAGGUUCCGUUUAGAGUCUUCCGAGGACACACAGAUGCCGUGAGCUGCUGUCAUUUCUGCUGUGAUGAUACAAAAAUAAUGUCCUGUUCGCGUGACCGUACGGCGCGGCUCUGGGAUGCCUCCUUGGGUUCCCUGAUCCAUGUCUAUAAGGAACACACGGCUCCUAUUUCAGAGUGCGAUAUAACAUCAGACAAUCAAAGAAUGAUGACAUCAUCAUAUGACAAAACUGUAAAAAGCUGGGAUGUGGAGACGGGGAAAGUACAGUGGUCCGUGGCCCUGAACGGGCUGGUGACUUCAUGUAACGUCUCUGCGGAUGGCAAGCGUGUCGUGUGCAGCUUGGAUGUGGAAAAUGCUGUGUGUAUCAUUGAUGCCACGACAGCGUCAGAAGUUACCCACCUGAAUGAUCACCAUGCGAGCUCAGUGACAAGGUGCUGCUUCGACCCAGCAGGAGAGAGAGUGUGCUCAGUGUCAUCAGAUGGAGGAGUAAAGCUGUGGGAUGUCACAGCACGACGUACGACCAUCGCAAUUAACCAGGCACACGGCAACGUUAUCUCCGACUGCGGCUUCAGCGCAAACGGACGCCUUUUAUGUACAGCAUCGUGGGACAAAACUUUGAAACUUUGGGACAUUAAUACUGGGGAAUUCCGUCAUGGAGGGCCCAGUAUACUAAAGGGUGUGCACCGGGGGUCCAUCAGUUCCUGUGAAUUCUCCAAAGACGCGUCCGUGCUUGUGUCUGCCGGCUACGAUAAGACGAUAGCUUUCUGGGAUGUGGCUUCAGCGCGCAAGAAACUUGUCUUAAAGGGUCACGAUGACUGGGUGCUGGAUGCAACCGUGAGCGCCAACAAGAAAUGGAUCCUCUCCUCUUCAAAGGAUAGCACCCUAAGACUGUGGGAUCUUUGGCAUUAUGAACAGAUCCCCGCUGUUAUGGAAAACAGAAAAGCGAUUGGUUCCCGGAUGGCCCAGUGUGAAAAGUGUGACAAGCCGUUUCCCAUCAUGCACUGGGAUGACGCCGCAGUGACCUCCUGCCUAUUUUGCCGCCUCGCUUUGCCUGCGCAGAACGCGUUUCCCGUGCCCAGCCCUGCGCUUUAACCCUUUCCUGGUGCCCAUAAUGCUAUCUCUUUUUAUAGUCACAUGGAUACAAUCUGUUCUACGGUCUCGACAGUACUACACUUCUGAAGGACCAGCAUGACAUCAUUUAGUAACGUCACAUUUUAAAUGACUCCAUACUUUUAAAAUCCAUUUAGUAAAGUCGCACCGUGACCCGUGGUGUAAUUCCAUGCUCCAAACUGCUUUAUAAUUUUAUGUGAUAAAUGUAUAGAUUUAUGUAUAAAGUCUUGUUAAAACAUAA